AUGCCCGGUAUCGCUCGCAAGAUCAUCAUCUGCGCGGCGGUAGACGGCCUUAUCAUCCAACCAUUUGUGACCAAAGGACAGCGCCCCGCGCAGCCGGUCAGGAUCAAAUAUGGCGACGCAUCAAUAACCCCUGCUCCACGAGAGCAAAUACCCGACCUUUCUCAGUCAAAUUCUUCGUUCGAAGCCUUCGGCGUUAUAGGUUUAAUCACAGUUUCACGCCUCAGCUAUUUAAUCACAAUUACUCGGCGCCAGCAAGUUGCGCAAAUCUGCGGUUUCCCGAUCUAUGUUGUCACCGAAGUCGCCAUUACCCCAUGUGCUUCGCAGCAAGAAGCUGGAGAAGCUAUCGCGAAGACGGCUUUGGAGCUCCAAGAUCGCAAGACGGACAAGGACGCUGACGACAGCGACAGUGAUGACUACAUAGAACUUCCAGCAAGCGGCGAUGAAGUCGAGGACCCUGCGCAAGAAGCUAAGACGGACAGCGAUAAGGACCUUGAAACUGUGAAGAGCACCGUAGCCAAAGAUGUUAUCGGCAGAAGAGGAAGCUAUGGGAGGUUCGCGCAGACCUGGUUCAGCAAAAGCGGAUGGACGCAGGACCAGAAGAGAUCAGCAGGCUGGAGCGGAGCCGCGCACCAAGUGCGACGAUCCGUUGAUCACAGUCCGGUCAAGAAUGCUCCUCCGCGGCCAUCCGUUGACGAGGCCACCGAGCCGACAACGGCAUCUACGCUGUUGCCAAAGCUUCUGCGGAUGACCCAGAUCUUUUAUGGCUCAUCCAAAAGCUUCUUCUUUUCUUACGACUUCGACAUCACACGGCGUUGGUCGAGCCGUUCCACCGCCCAGUCCGAUGAAGUACCUCUGCAUGAGCGAGUAGACCCGAUAUUCUUUUGGAACAAGAACACAUUAAAGCCAUUUAUGGAGGCUGGAGAGGAUGCUCUGUUGCUACCGCUCAUGCAGGGCUUCGUUUCCCAGAAAAGCUUCGUGGUGGACAGCAGCCCUCCUCAACACGAUGAAGGCCUCGGGGAUUCCGUGGAGCUAUCGACUAUGAGACAGCCCGAUGCCGAACUAUCUUCUCCCCCGCCGGAGACAGUCCGCGACUCAAUCGAUUUGCGCUCUACCGAGAAGAAGUUUCUUUUGACUGUGAUUUCUCGCCGUUCGACACAGAGGGCUGGUCUCAGAUACUUGAGACGAGGCAUUGAUGAGCAGGGCUAUGUUGCCAACGCGGUCGAAACCGAGCAGAUUCUUUCGAGCACUUCGUGGGACAAGUCUUCAAAGAUUUACUCUUUCCUUCAAAUCCGGGGCAGCAUUCCGCUCUUCUUCACACAAUCGCCCGUCUCCCUCAAACCUGCGCCCGUCAUUCAACACUCGCCCGAAGCGAACUAUGCCGCAACGAAGAAACACCUGGAACGGCUUAAGACAGAGUACGGACUUCUACAGAUUGUCAACCUGGUCGAAAAGCAUGGCGUAGAAGCAACUGUCGGUGGUCAAUACGAGAAGACAGUACAGAGGUUGAAUGAGGAAGAAGCAAAAGGUGAAAAUGACACUGUUGGUUUUGAAUGGUUCGAUUUCCAUUCAGCCUGUAAAGGAAUGAAGUUCGAGAACGUCAGUCAGCUUCUCGAUACUCUCCGCGGCAAGUUGGAGGGUUUCGGAAGCACAGUGGAAGACGCUGGUCAGAUCACCACAAAACAAAAGGGUGUCUUGCGCACAAACUGUAUGGAUUGUCUUGACAGGACAAACGUGUGCCAGAGUUCGUUUGGAAAGUUCAUGCUGGAGUCUCAGCUGAGAGCGGAGGGCUAUGACCUUGCAGCUCAAGUUGAUCAGCAGACGCAGUGGUUCAACACUCUCUGGGCGGACAACGGUGAUGCCGUGUCGAAGCAGUAUGCAUCUACUGCGGCCAUGAAGGGUGACUACACAAGAACGAAGAAGAGGAACCUUGGGGGCACAUUGAAUGAUCUUGGUCUUUCUUUGACCCGGUACUACAAUGGCAUGGUGAAUGACUACUUCAGCCAAGCUGCCAUCGACUUCCUUCUCGGCAACGUGAACUCGAUGGUCUUCCAAGAGUUCGAGGCCGAGAUGAUGACAAAAGACCCUGCCGUCUCAAUGCUGAAGAUGAGGGAACAGGCCAUCGAGCUAUCGCAAAGGCGCGUCAUUUCCGACGAGAGCGAAGAGUUCAUGGGUGGCUGGGUCCUCUUCAGCCCCCAUCAAUCGGAUAGCUUACGAGCCAUGCCCUUUGAGGAGGUGGUACUGCUUCUGACGGACGCUGCCCUGUACCUCUGCCGGUUUGAUUGGAACAUGGACAAGGUCUCUUCGUUUGAGCGAAUUGAUCUGGCCCAUGUUGUUGGUAUCAAGUUUGGCACAUACAUCAUCUCGACAGUCUCCCCUGGGCAGACGGACGAGAUGAAGAAUGUUGGCUUCGUUGUGUCGUACCAGCCAGGCAAGAACGACGUUACGAGGACGAACACCAGGACCUUUUCGAACCUGGGUAUUACAAAGACCAAGACGGAUGCGGUCUCGUCGGAGCAGCAGCAGCAGAAGCAACAGCAGCAACCUCAAUCUGCCUUGAGCAGUUUGCUGGGCGGUGGCCGCCCCAAGGCGCCUCCAGUACGCAAGCUUGCCUUCAAGGCCCCUUACUCGCAAUCGUCCGCCGCUGUGACGGGUGAAGAACCCAAGCUCAGCGAGAUCCAGCAGGUUGUCAGUAUUUGCGCAGACAUAGAACGGCUGGCGUUCUUGAGUCAACCUGGCAAGGAGAAGCCAGGCACCGAGAGCAUCAUAGAGAAGGGCGACAUUAUUUCGCUAGAGGAGGCGAGGCAAAGCACUGGAUUGCUGGACCACAUCAGCUACUCUCUGAAGAGACUCGUCUGGGCAUGA